CACGGACAUCAUUAAUCUUUUCGGAAUGAGGGGACAACACCAUGUUCACCGCAACCCCAAGAAAUAAGAGGAUGCUGCCCUAUGGAGGAUGUUUGAUCCGGAUUUCAAGGGUAAGGUUGAGUUACUUCCGUGCGCGGAAGGUGAAGGUUUUAAUCUGGAUAUUGUUGGCAACUUUCGCGUUCCUACACGUGAUGUGCUGAAUGCACCCCUGCCGCAAGGCAAAGGUAAUCUUGGGGCUCUGGGAAAGUUUGAAACGAAGACUGUCCCCAAGAAGCAUGCGGAGAAGAAGCAUGUGGAGAAACCCACGCGGGGUCGCGGUAAGGAAAAACCUGAGGGUUCUGUUGCCCCUCCUUUGGUGUCGCCGGUGGCAGGUGGUGGUGCGGCUGCAGGUGGGACCUCUGCGGGUUCCAAACCUGCUGGUGAGAAAAAGAGGAAACCAGAAGAGAAGGAUGCUGCUUCUGGUGAGAAAAAACGUCGGAGGAUACAGACCAAAAGGUCAACUGGUGCGACCCAAAAGAAACAUGCGGCUACUUCUGAAACGCAAGGAGAAAAUUUCUCCUCUUUGUUUGAUAUUCCUUCUUCUCCCCCGCAUGACAUAGCUACGGAUGCGGGGGUUAAUAAAGAAUUUGCCGGUCCUUUUGUCAAGGUGGUGAGUGAGCCCUCUGUGCGGGUAAAGGAUACUGGGAGGAAAGGUGUGGCUCAUAUCUUUGACACGGUUGAUUCCUCUGACAACCUUAUCUCCCCGAACGAUACCGAUGACCUGAACCUAAAGUUUUCGGAUGUUGAUAAGCAAAAGUCUGAUGCUGAAAAGCACAAGACUCCUGCUGCCGAGAAGGCUUCUGGGUCCGCUUCUGGGCGUGCGGGUUUUGAAGGGCCUCCGAUUCAGCCUGGAGAGUCUGAACUGGAGUACUACUACCGCACCUAUACGCAGGAUCGGAGUACGAGUUACCACCGACCCCCCUGGAGUGUUAUGCAGGGGGAUGACAUUUCAAGUGAUCCUUCUGCUUGCAAGGAGAUUUUGGGUGGCCUGAGCACUGCGUUUGAAGUUGGCCGUGCCCGUGCCGUGCCCCGUGAGCUCCGUAUCAAACAACUCUCUUCCAUGCUUGUGGGGAGUUCCAUAGUGGCGAAUGCCAUUAUGGAAGACUACAAGGUGCUGGGACGCAAGGAGGAGGAAACUGCUCACUUGCGGGUUGAGGCAGAAGAGUUGGUGAAGGCUGCUUGUGAGGAUGCAGAGCGGCUAGAGAGGGAGAAGGCUGCCUUUGAAAAGCAUAAGCAAACUGAAGAGAGGGCUGCCACUGCUGAGCUUAAACAGGUUCGUACUCUUGCCAAGUUGCUUUCUGAUGAGCGCAAGAGUUGGAAAGAAACCCUUUCUAAUGAGCGCAAGACAUGGAAAGAAUCUUGGGCCAAACAGAAUGAAAACCUGUUUCGUGUUCGUCAGGAGUUGGCCAAUGUCAAGGCAGCGAAUGCUGCUUUGGUUAAAGAGAAGGCCGCAGCUGAGGCAGUUGCCAAUGGGGCUAAGAAGGCGGAGUCCCGUAUUGCCAAGGCUUUUGAAGAGGCCAAGGAGUUAGGGGCACGUGUUGCCAAGGCCCUUAAAGAAGCGAAUGCUGAUCGCUCUCAUUUAAACAAAGCUGUUGGAAGUCUCCAGGCUGAAGUGCAAAAUCGCGAGGCCAUGCUUGCGGAGGUUACUGCCCGCGCGACUGAAGCUGAAAGGCGGGCUAGCGAGGCUGUUGAGGCUAGAUAUAGCCUUACUUCUUCAUUCAAUCAGCUUGAAACCGACCAUGAGUUGAUGCGGUGUCACGGUAUUAGGCAUAUUGUUAAGGCUAUCCUGGAUGCGCCUGAGACUGCAGCUGGUAUAGACCUGAUUAAGCAGCGUGCCCGGGAUGCUGGCUUUAAAGCUAGUAACAACCGAUGCAUCAGUCAUAUGAACAUUCUGGCUCAAGGCAAAUACACCGAUGAACGGUAUGGGUUCCAUGGUGUGGAUACCGAAGUGCUUCUUGACACGGCUCUUGCAUCGUUCUAUGACAUGUCUAUUUCUGCCCUAGAGAAGCUUGACGAAUGCUUGGAUGCGGAAGACUAUGUAGACCGUUUACGGAUGUUGUACGUUGAUGCUGAAGAGUUGGAAGAGGAAGAGGCCGCUGGUGACGGCAAAGGUGGCGCGGGUACCAACGGUACAAAGUAGGACUAGGUUGGCCUGCGUGCCCUUUUUUGUUUUCUCAAUGUAAAUGUUAGAACUUUAUGUAAAUCCUUUGUAUACCGCAUAGGUGUAAGAAUUUUUUGAAUAUAAAGUUCAA